AUGGCAACUUGAUAUCACCUUCUAUUUCAAGAUAGAGCUUCCCCUACUAUAGAGCAAAUAAUUUUUUUCCAUGAUCACACAAUAAUCAUCCUUACCCGAAUUACAACCCUAGUAGUAUACAUAAUAAUAAACACCAUAUAUAACUCUUUUACUAAUCGAGUUCUUUUAGAAGGUCAAGAAAUUGAAACAUUCUGAACCAUCAUCCCAGCACUCAUAUUAAUUUUCAUUGCCCUACCCUCUCUCCGGCUAUUAUAUCUUAUAGAUGAAAUUAACAACCCCACUCUAACAGUAAAAACUAUUGGUCACCAAUGAUACUGAUCAUACGAAUAUUCAGACUUCUCUUCCAUUGAAUUUGAUUCCUAUAUAAUUCCUGAAGCAGAAAGCUCCUUGUCCUCUUUUCGACUAUUAGACGUUACUAACCGUACAAUCCUUCUAAUAAGCACCCAAAUUCGAUUAAUAAUUACUGCUGCUGACGUCAUUCAUGCCUGAACAGUCCCAGUCCUAGGAAUAAAAAUUGAUGCAAUCCCAGGCCGUUUAAAUCAAUCCUCAAUUAUAAUUAAUCGUCCUGGCCUCUUCUUUGGACAAUGCUCAGAAAUUUGUAGAGCAAACCACAGCUUCAUACCAAUUGUUGUUGAAAGUGUUAACACCCCAUCCUUCGUCAAAUGAAUAUAUUCAAUAGUUGAAUUGCUAGGUGACUGAAAGAAAGUAAUGGUCUCUUAAACCAACACACAGUAGUUUUCGCCUACUCCCAGCGAAAAAGAUUAGUUAACCAAAUAACACCAGUUUGUCAAGCUGGAGUCACUGACUAAAGUAUCUUUUAAUUCCUCAAAUAGCCCCUCUUAAGUGAGCCAUAAUAACAAUUACAUUCUCCCUCUCACUUUUAGUUUCAAUGAUAAUCCUCUACUCAAACUUCAGCUCAAAAAUUCACCUGAAAAUGAUAACAAAUCUCUUUUCAAUUUUUGAUCCAUCUACAUCUCAAUCCAUCUCCCUUAACUGAAUUAGUACCUUCUUAAUUAUCCUAUUCACCCCUACCUCUAUUGAAUAAUUCCUUCCCGCCUUCAAAUCCUAAUUAUUAAUCUAUUCAGCACUCCUAAUAAAGAGCUCUCAAUUUUACUAUCAAAAUAAAAAAAACCUGGAAUAAUCUUCCUCCUAAUUUCCCUAUUUUGAUUAAUCUCAAUAAAUAACUCCUUAGGACUUCUACCACACAUCUUUACAUCCACAAGACACAUUAUAAUAACUAUCUCACUAGCCUUACCAAUCUGAAUAACAAUCAUAUUAUUUGGGUGAUUAACUAAUACUUCCCACAUAUUUGCUCACCUAGUCCGUCAAGGAACCGCACCAGCCCUAAUAGCAUUCAUAGUCUGCAUUGAAUCCAUUAGUAACCUAAUUCUUCUUACCCUUCUUAGAAAUAGAGCAGUUAUAUCCAGACAUUCCACUAUUUUAACCAUCUACAUUGCCCAAAUUGCACUUCUUUCCCUCGAAAUAGCAGUAGCACUAAUUCAAGCCUAUGUAUUUGUAGUUUUAUCAACACUAUACUCCACAGAAAUCCACUAAUGGCCAAACAUACACACCCAUUCCACAUAGUUGACCAAAGUCCAUGACCCCUUACUGGAGCUUUAAGAGCUCUUACCUUAACAACAGGGCUAAUUAAAUGAUUUCAUAAAAUAAAUCCCAACCUACUAAUUUUAGCGUUACUCAUAACUCUAAUAACAAUAAUCUAAUGAUGACGAGAUAUUAUCCGAGAAUCCACCUUCCAAGGAAAUCAAACCUCAGUAGUAAUUUUAGGACUGCGUUGAGGAACAAUUCUAUUCAUCAUCUUGGAAAUUCUAUUCUUCGUCUCAUUUUUCUGAGCAUUUUUUCAUAGAAGACUAUCACCAAGAAUUGAAUUAGGAUCCUCUUGACCUGCCUCAGGAAUCUCACCCUUCAAUCUUUUUCCAAUUCCUCUCCUUAAUACUGCAAUCUUACUAUCAUCAGGCGUUACCAUCAUUUGAGCUCACCACAGAAUUAUAGAAAAUAAUCACCCUCGAUCCCUACAAGUCCUCCUCCUCACUAUCAUUCUAGGCCUUUACUUUACUAGCCUACAAGCCUGAGAAUAUUGAGAAGCCCCAUUUUCUAUUGCAGACUCAGCCUACGGCACAACCUUCGUAGCCACAGGAUUUCACGGACUUCAUGUAAUCAUCAGCACAUCUAUUCUCUUUAUCUGCUUUCUUCGUCUUAUAUUUUUUCAUUUCUCUCCUAAACAUCACUCCGGAUUCGAAGCUGCCGCCUGAUACUGACAUUUCGUUGACGUAGUUUGACUCUUCCUCUUCAUCUCCAUCUACUGAUAAGGGUCUUA